AGAACAGAUCGCUUUUCAACGCGUUUCUCUUAAUCCAACUUCGCUUGCUGAAUACCAGCAUCGAAGACCAGAAAAUCAAAAUUCAUAUGGAUUAAUUCUCUUUUAACUCAAUCAUAAUAAAUCGAUCACCGAUUCGAUUUCUUCACUUUCAAUCAUCUCAGAUCUAUUUCGUAUGUUCUUCGAUCUUCGAUCGGUUCCGAUCGAACAAAGGCUUGUAGAUUUUUCUUCUCUGGCUUCUUUUGUUGUAAUUAGGGUUUCGACGAGCGAGAAAUGAUGUAUUCGGUGCCCGUUGGACUCUUCUUUUUACGUCAUUUGGUUCUGUUUCACGGUGGAUCUUCUUUUCAUCGUCUUAAGCAUCUUUCAAAAAGUGAUAGGCGUGGUAAUCUUAGUUAACCCUACGCUUUUUUUUUUUCUGCAAUUCGUUUUCUCGAGUUUUUCUAUCUCUUUUUCGGAGUAUUUCUUUUGGUUUUGUUCGUUUUGAUUCGUGCUUUCUUCGAUCGUGCGUGGUUUUGAGGAAAUUCGUUGGGAGAAUAAAGUUUUGGUAUUGCUUUUACUUCAAAGACCGUGAAAGCUUGCUGUUGCUUGUUGCUGUUUUGCUAUCUGAAUUGAAUCUACACACAUCGUCGUCUAAGAGUGGUCCUAUACAUUUGAUGGACAUCCACUCUCUUGUUAAUGCUGUGGAUGAUGUUAUCAUAAGUAAACUUGGAAGUACUUUUGCUACGUCCGUACAAAUGCAAAAUGAUCAGAAGUUAGAACAUGUAUCUGACGAGGAUGAUAUUGGCGAUUGUCAUGUUGGGGAGGAGGGUGAAUGUGAUGGUUUUGAACAAGAAGAAACCACGCUAAAAUUGACGAGCUUGAAGGAGUAUUCAACAUUUCCUUAUCCUGAUACCGUGUUACCUUCAAGCUCUUCUGAUGAUGAGGAGGCUGAUACACCACUGGCAAAAUCACCUUCUAACCAAUCUCCGCAACAGAGUUACUCCUGCAAGGCUUCUCAGCCAGCAUCUCUAAAACUUGUAUCUGCAAUGAAGGGUAGCCGUGAAAAACAUGGGGGGUCUGAAAUGAAAUUGUCUGUUAAGUGGGCCCCUGAUGUGUAUGAUCCAAUACCAACGUUAUCGUCACAUACUGUGAGAGUCAAGAAACACCCUAAAUCUAGGGUCAAGAAGAGUGAAAAGAAAUAUGUAAAGAAAGGUCAGAAGGUCAACUAUUCUAAAGGGGGUAGCGGCAAAGAUAAGAAGCAGCACUACAGCUAUAGCUGGCCAGAAUCUUGUGGCAAAGGAUUUGAUGCUUCAAAGGAAUUAAAUAAUCUCGAUGUUGUUGACAAUGAUUCAUGCCAUGAAAUUAGCAACUCAAAAAUACCUGCUACAGCAAAGCCUUGUCAUGUUGGCGAAGCGCUUAGUAACAUCCUUGAUUUUGUCUCCUAUAUCAAGAGUGCAUAAAUAAAUAAUUUGUAUUCUAUAUCAUGAUUGCAUAAAUAAUUAGUUUCCUAUUAGGUUGUGUGAAGAAGAGUUUAUAAUUUCACGGUUAAAAAUUGUUUAGUGCUACAAUCAUGCAGGUCAUACAAUGCAAUAUCCUGCGGAAAAGCAGCUUGUAGUACUAUAUUCUUUUUGGGUUGAAUAAUGUGUGGCAACUUUGGUUUGAUAAUAGUAUAUCAUUUCUAAUA